AUGAGCAGCGAUAGUCGACUGGACAAACUGAUCUGCUGGACCCAGAAGCAGCACACUUCGGCCGCGAUGCAGCCUCUUCUCGAUCCCAAGAAGAACAAGUUGUCGACGAGAUUGUCUGUGUGUGUGAUCGGAUCCAGUACAGGCAUUGGCGAGCAUGUUGCAUACGCUUACGCAGCGGCAGGGGUCGGCAAGCUUCUGAUAUGUUCCAGGACCGAGAAGGAUCUCGCACCGGUGAAGGAGCGGAUCACAUCCAUCUCACCAGACACAGAAGUCGUCGUCAAGACAGUUGACAUUGCGAGCACCGCGUCGGUCCAGGCACUGGCAGAAUACAUCAAGACCGCGUGGGGUCGUCUCGACAUUUGCGUGCUCAAUGCAGGCUGGAGUAACCCCAAUGUGCCCUUUGGCGAGGCCCUACCGGCGGACAUCCAGCGUGCCUUCGAGAUCAACACGCUCGGUACCUACAACGUGGGAUAUUUCUUCAUUCCGAUCCUCCUCGCCUCGGAGGGCGGCUCCAAGGCCUUUCUGGUGAUUGGAUCUGGGAGUGCGGCCGGCCGGCGAGGACUCAAUGGCAACACGGGAUACUCAAUCAGCAAGAUGGCCCAGUGUCGUAUGAUUGAAUACAUGGAUGAGACGUUUGCCAGCCAGGGCCUGACCGUGAUCGGUGUCCAGCCCGGCACCGUGGUUACGAGAAUGUCGACCGAGCGUGUGGCGGAGGAGCACCGACACUUUCUCACCGACGAUGUUGGGCUGGCGGGAGCAUUCUGUGUUUGGAUUUCAGGCAAUCUGAAGGACGUCGGAUGGAUGGGGGGCAGGCUGAUCUUCGCGACCUGGGAUCUAUCCGAGGUGCUAGCCAGGAAAGACGAGAUCGUCGAGAAGGACUUGAUGAAGUUUGCCAUGUUGACCGAAUGA